AUGCAUUCAAUGACGGAACCGAUUACCGACGCAUGGCAUGCUGAAUUGGCGGCCCAGCCCUUUGAAGAGGUGUACCGCCGCCUGGAAGAAACCGUGUCUCAGCUGGAGCAGGGCGAACUGUCGCUUACCGAUUCGGAACGUCUGUAUGUGCAAGGCAUGGAGCUGGCGCACAGAUGUCAGCAACUGCUCACAGAGACAGAAUUGCGGAUUACCCAGGUUGGCGAACCUGAUGACGGCCGUUCGACCGCUAGCGCCCCCGCCAGCAGCGCUAGCGACGACUGUUCAGUGGCGAGUCGUGACAACCACGUGCUGCGCGUAGGCUGGUUUUCCACCGGGCGGGGCGAAGGCUCGCGCGGGUUGCUCAAUUUCGUGUGCCAGGCCAUCGCGGACCGCAGGCUGGAUGCAACCAUCGACUUCGUGUUCAGCAACCGGGAGCCCGGCGAAGCUGCAGGGUCGGAUGAGUUUUUCCGGCUGGUUCAGCAAUACGGGAUUCCGCUGGCUACCCUAUCUUCCACCAGGUAUCGCCGGGAGCACGGCGGUGGCGGGAUGAAUCGGCACCGCGCCGGAUUCGACCGAAAGGCGAUGCGGUUGUUGGAGCCUUAUCAACCAGACGUGUGCGUCCUUGCCGGGUAUAUGUUGAUAUUUGGCGCCGAGAUGUGCCGGCGCUAUCCGUUGCUCAAUUUGCAUGGUGCAUUGCCCGACGGUCCCACCGGAACCUGGCAAUCGGUAAUCUGGCAGUUGAUUGAAUCCGGGGCCACACGUACCGGAGCGAUGAUCCACCUGGCCACCGAACAGGUCGACCGGGGGCCGGUGUUGUCCCAUUGCUCGUUGCCGAUCAUCGGGCGCGAAUUCGACGCCGACUGGGAAGCAGUGACCGAUAGCGGCAUUAAGGAGUUGCAAGCUGCCGAGGGCGAGGACAACGCCCUGUUUCGGCGCAUCCGUGAGGAAGGUUACCGCCGCGAACCACAUUUGCUGUUAGCUACGUUGCGGGCGGUGGCCGACCGACGGCUCCAGGUGCGCCCAGGGGAAGCGCUGGAUGGAGACGGAGAACCACUGGCGUACAUGUACCGUCAGGGUCUGCCGUUGACCGACGAAAUAGAAGCGAGAUCGCUGCCGAAACGGCGUGAUUAA